AUGUGCAACUACAUCUACAAAGAGCUCAGCUGUCAACACCACUACCACUUGGUAGAGUCAUGGUGUCCCAAGUACAUCGAGACUGAACGUCGGUGUCCACCCACUAUCGUGAGCAAGCAGUACUGGGGUGAUGACAUUUGUGCCGCCUGCCGUGAACGCCAGCAACCCAGCAACCACCCGUGGGCGAAGCUCAUUCAGCGUCCCGAGUCACGCAUGUCCUACUCUCCCCAGGUUCGUGCUCAAUGA